AUGGUAAAGAAAGCUAAUGGAAAAUGGCGGAUCUGUAUUGAUUUCACAGACCUUAACCGAGCCUGCCCCAAUGAUAGUUUUCCUUUGUCGAGGAUAGACCACCUCGUUGACGCCACUAUAGGGUAUGAGCUACUUAGCUUCCUGGAUGCCUUCUCUAGAUACAAUCAGAUAAAGAUUCACGUAGAGGAUGAAGAGAAGACCUCAUUCAUCACCGAACAUGGCACAUACUACUACCGUGUGAUGCCCUUUGGCCUCAAGAAUGCUGGGGCCACCUACCAGCGUCUUGUCAACAAGGUGUUCAAAGAACAGAUGGGGAGGAACGUCGAAGCCUAUGUGGACGACAUGGGUGAAGAGCCUGAAGGCCGAGACUCACGUCUUAGAUCUAGCCGAGACCUUCAACACCUUGUAGAAGUAUAA